UAUCCGGCAGAAUCCCAAUCAAAAUAAACAUCUUUCAGCUGUCAGUGAAUAAAUGAUUCUAUUUUGCUUCUUGGCAAAACUUUCUUAAUCAUUGUUUUACGUUGUCGAUUGACUCCCUCAGCACGGCAGUGUUUGAUUGUUUAUUGUGUAGUUUUGUACGAGAAACUUAGAUAAUCCACAUUGAACGAUAGUGCAUGUGCUAUUUCGCAGAUGAAAAUUGGAUUGUGAACACGGUAAAGAACGGACAAUGGUUGAUUCGCACGAUCCCGAGUCAGCAGAAUCCUGCAGUUUAACAGAGGACGAUGUGGAGCCCAAGUUGAAGUACGUUCGUCUUUCGAACGACAUAAAGAAUAUUCUCAGUGAGGAAGCGAUUAGUUGCAUAGCGGUACAUCCGAGGUUUCUCUGCCUAGGUACACACUGGGGCCGUAUACACAUGCUGGACCACCAGGGAAACUGUGUGCAUACCGUGAUCAAUCGAAAGGAAAAUACGCACAUUCUGUCGGUAAACAAAAUUUCGGUGGACAGUCGGGGCGAGCAGAUAGCAACCUGUUCCGAUGAUGGUAAAGUGAUUAUUAGCGGUUUAUAUACGGACGAAAACAAUCAGGUGCUUUCCACUGGUAAAAUUAUCAAAGCGGUCGAGCUGGAUCCGAACCACAAUCGUUCCGGUUCUGGUAGAAGAUUUUUAAUAGGCGAUAACAAAUUAGUACUCUACGAGAAAACGUUCCUGAAAGGCUUAAAGUCAACGAUUCUUAGCGACUCCGAGGGUCAGGUGACGGCUAUCAAAUGGAACGGACAGUUUGUGGCGUGGGCUAGCUCACUCGGCAUUCACGUGUAUGAUUUGAAUGAAAAGUGCUCACUAGGAUUUAUCCAGUGGGAGGAACCGAAGGACGGGAAACUAACGGACUACCGAUGUAAUUUAAACUGGUCUAACGCCACUACACUACUGAUUGGAUGGGUGGACACGGUGCGCAUAUGUGUGAUAAGAAAACGGAACGCCAUCGAAGUGUCAACAAGAAACCUGCCCGUGCAUAUAGUCGAUCCAAUGUCCACUUUCCAGACGGAUUUCUUCAUAUGUGGUAUUGCACCGCUGGAAACGAAUCAGCUAGUCGUGUUAGGGUACGCUAAGGAACGUGAUUCUGAAACGAACAAAGCUCUGCGGCCCAUUCUGUGUGUAUUGCAAUACAACGCAAGCGAUUAUGUUGAAAUCUGCACUGACAGUUUAUCGAUGCGUGGAUACGAGGAGUACAAGUGUGAUGACUAUCAUCUGGAUUGUUUGAUCGACGAAAACCAGUAUUUUAUCGUUUCGCCUAAGGACGUUGUCGUGGCUAAUCUGUACGAAACCGACGAUCGUGUCCAGUGGCUCAUAGAGCAUGGCAAAUUUGAACAAGCGAUGGAUGUGAUAGCAACGCAUGGCGGAAAAUACUCCCUGAUAACUGUCGCAAGGCUCUACCUAGACCAUUUGCUUUCCCUGCAACAGUUUGAUGAAGCGGCCCGGCUAUGCCAGCGUGUUUUCGGCACCGAUAAGCAGCUCUGGGAGGAAGAGGUGUACAAAUUUGUGAAAGUGAAGCAACUUCGCUCCGUUAGCAGUUACAUUCCGAUAACAGACGCGUGUAAACUGAACCCACACGUGUACGAGAUGGUUCUGUACGAGUAUCUGCAGCUUGAUCCGAAUGGGUUUUUGCAGUUGGUAAAAGAAUGGCCACCCCGUCUGUACAAUACGAAAGCAGUCAUUAACGCGGUGAAUGAUCAUUUCAACAAGAAGGACGCUAACAUUCUGCUGGAAGCGUUGGCGAUAUUGUACACGCACGAAAAAGAGUUCGAUCGUGCUCUGACCAUGUAUUUGAAAUUGCAGCACAAAGAUGUAUUUGAAUUGAUCACCACCUACAACCUGUACGGCAUGGUUAAAGAUUGCAUUGUACAGCUGAUCGAGUUGGACAGUGAACGCGCGAUCGCAAUGCUGUUAAAGGAUCAUAUCCCCGCCGAAGAUGUCGUUCGUGAGCUGGAACAAAGCGAACAAUACCUAUACCGAUAUCUCGAUGCGUACGAUAAGGUGAAAAGCAACGAAAAGUUUCACUGGCGUCUGGUAAAUCUGUACGCACGGUAUGAACCGGAAAAAUUGCUCUCCUUCCUGAAACGCUCCAAUAGCUAUCCGAUUCAGGAAGCGUACGAUAUCUGUCAGGGAUUGAAAUUCUACCCCGAAAUGGUGUAUUUGCUCGAUAAGAUGGGCAGCACACGGGAAGCGUUAACGAUCAUCAUGCACAAUCUGCAGGACGUACCGACGGCGAUCGAUUUUUGCAAAGAACACGACGAUAUGGACUUGUGGAAUGAUCUGAUCAACGAGUCCGUCGACAAACCGCACGUGAUGACGAAACUGUUGAACAGUAUUGCCGGUUUUAUCAAUCCGGAGCUGCUGGUGAAUAAAAUCAAACCGGGUCAGGAUAUCGAGGGGCUGAAGGAAUCGAUCAUUAAGAUGCUGUGCGGGUACAGUUUGCAGGUGUCGAUACAGGAGGGUUGCAAUCAGAUACUGGGUGCGGACUAUUUUGACAUGCACGAACGAUUGGUGCGGGUGCAGCAGGGUGCACUGUACGUGAUGACCGACCAUGUGUGUGGCGUGUGUCGACGGGACAUUAUCGUGAAGGAUACCAUGAAGGCGGAUAUCGUAAUGUUUAACUGUAGACAUUACUUCCACGAACCUUGUCUGCUGGACAAGUACAACUUGGACAUCUGCAUAGUUUGUAACACAAAAAAAAUGGGAAGCUCGGGAACACGCCAUAAAUCAAAUUAUAUUGCCAUAUUUCUUUUCCACAUUUACAUUCAGCGGUUGUAUCGGGUACCCGACCAAUUAAAGAUGGCCAAUCCUUCCGUUCAAAUCAUGACCCAACAGGGACCAGCAUUCGAUUCCAACUGCAUGACGCUGACGCGUUUCGUGCUGCAGGAGCAGAAAAAGUACAAACAUGCGACCGGCGAUCUGUCCCAGCUGCUCAACUGCAUUCAGACCGCGAUCAAGGCGAUCAGUUCCGCCGUACGAAAGGCAGGCAUAGCGAAGCUACAAGGAAUCUCUGGUGAUACGAAUGUACAGGGCGAACAGGUGAAAAAGUUGGACGUACUGUCGAAUGAAAUUUUCAUCAACAUGCUCAAAUCUUCGUACUCUACCUGUCUCCUGGUGUCGGAGGAGAACGACAAUGUGAUCGAAAUCGAGACGGACAAGCGUGGCAAGUAUGUCGUUUCGUUCGAUCCACUCGACGGUUCCUCCAACAUCGACUGUUUGGUAUCGAUCGGUUCCAUCUUCUCCAUUACCAAACAGGUAAAGGAAAACACGGACCCUUCGGUAGAGGAUGCCCUGCAGCCGGGAAAUAAGAUUGUGGCCGCUGGUUACGCACUGUAUGGAUCCGCUACGAUGAUUGUGAUCAGUUUGGGCAAUGGUGUGCACGGUUUCAUGUACGAUCCUUCAAUCGGCGAGUUUGUGCUGACUGAUUACAAUAUGCGCAUCCCGGAGCGGGGCAACAUUUACUCGAUCAAUGAAGGCUAUGCGUCUACCUGGGAUGAAUCGGUGUACAACUAUGUAAAGGAUAAGAAGGAUCCGUCCAAGGGCAAACCGUACGGUGCUCGGUACGUGGGCAGUAUGGUGGCGGAUGUGCAUCGAACGAUCAAGUACGGUGGUAUCUUCAUAUAUCCGGCAACGGCUGCGUCGAAAAAUGGCAAGCUGCGCCUUCUGUACGAGUGCAACCCGAUGGCCUAUCUGGUAACGCAAGCCGGAGGUAAAGCAUAUGCCGGCAAGAACAAGGAGAUUCUGGAUGUUGUGCCAACUUCCAUCCAUCAGCGAUCACCAAUUUAUCUUGGUUCGAAACUAGAUGUGGAAGAAGCCAUCAGCUACAUCAAGUAGGCUUUGUUGUCCGUAUUUUCUUUUUUCGUUCUAAAACGAUUUGUUUGUUUUUGUAAUAAAAUUCCUCCUAUAUUGUA